AUGAACAUGUUCGAGAAUUCAAUUCAGGCCAAUGAGAGAAUAAUCGUGAAUAUGGAAGUCAAGAAGAACAAUAAGUUCAACAUCGGAUUCCAAGAGCGAAUAAAAAUUGCGAAGAUAACUGGCCUUGGGUUGAUUGUGAUAUCUGUGACGAUUAUCGUCACAUAUUUUACAACCCACGGCCAGUUUAGAAGUUCGAUAGUCGGGUGGGUUGGCACUAUUUUCUCAGUUGUGGUAUUCGCGGGACCGAUAAAAGCCGUGGUUGACGUUUUCAAAACCCGGAACAACACUUUUGUGCCAAUCCAGUUGCUAGGCUGCCUAGCCCUAAAUGGGCUCGUGUGGCUAGCAUUUGGACUGGCUAGUAAAGAUGUUGUAAUUGUCAUAUGCAAUGUGGUGGGCUUUUUGGUGUGCCUUUUCCAGAUGAUAGUCUGGUGGGCUUUCAGACAGCCCAUUUAG